AUUUUGUCAAAAACCGAAAUGUCACUUUAUUUCUAAUUUACUAAAUACCUGAUUUCCUUCAUGCUUAUAAGUCGUUUGCAUUGUAUUGUUAUUUGUAGUAUUAAAACGUAAAAGGAGCAAGUGAAUAUAAAACUGUAUUUUUAAUAACUACAAUGGGAGAUAAAAAGUACAAGCAGAGUAAAGCAGAUAUUGCCAAACAAUUUGACCUCCCAGAAAGGCAGUCAAAGAUUACAACUUUAUUGAACCAAGCUGGUCAGGCUUACUGCAUAUGCCGCUCAUCAGAUAGUUCUCGUUUUAUGAUAGCUUGUGAUUCCUGUGAGGAGUGGUAUCAUGGAGAUUGUAUAAAUAUAUCAGAAAGGGAGGCCAAAUAUAUUAAGAAUUACUUCUGUGAUCGUUGCCGUGAGGAGGAUCCCACUCUUAAAACAAGAUUUAGACCUCAAAAGAGAGAAAAUGAUGGUGAUUCAGGUAGAGAUGAUAGAAAGAAAAAACGCAAAGAGAAAGAUCAUUCAGAGAACAAGUCUUCAAAGAGACCAGUCAAAGAUGGUUGUGGAGAUUGUUCAGGGUGCUUGCAGACAAAUGACUGUGGACAUUGUGAUGCAUGUGAAGACAAGUAUAAAUAUGGUGGAAACAACAAGCUGAAGAUAAAAUGUCGUCAAAGAUUGUGUGUCAAAAGUAAGAAGACUUCAAGAGUGUCAAGCAGUGGUAAUAGAAUUAAGAAGAAGCAUCAUGAGCGUGAAGUAUACGAACCAGAGGAAUCCAUAUCUCACUUGCAGACUGCUGAACCGAGGCAAUGCUAUGGACCACAGUGCUCGUUUGCUGCACAGUAUGGGUCGAAGUAUUGUUCCACACAGUGUGGCAUGAGAUUGGCCACCACUCGGAUAUACCAGGUGCUACCGCAGCGCAUCCAGGAGUGGUCGCUGUCGUCGUGCGUGGCGGAGCAGCAGAACCGCAAGUCGCUGGAGGUGGUGCGCGGCGGGCUGGCGCGCGCGCAGGCGGCGCUCCGCGCGCUCGACAAGCAGCACGCCGAGCUGGACGCGCUGCUGGCGCGCGCGCGACACGCCGCCAUCGAGCACGUCGACGAGAAGGAAGCAGACGAUGAAACGUCAAUGUAUUGCAUCACCUGCGGACACGAAAUACACUCUCGUACUGCGGUGAAGCACAUGGAAAAGUGCUUUAUCAAGUACGAGGCGCAGGCGUCCUUCGGCAGCAGACAUCGCACGCGAAUCGACGGGCAGAGCAUGUUCUGUGACUACUACAACCCCAUUAACGGCACCUACUGUAAGAGGCUGCGGGUUAUGUGCCCAGAACACUUCAAAGAUCCAAAAGUGAGUGAUACGGAUGUUUGUGGAUGCCCAUUGGUGCGUAACGUGUUCGAGCCGACGGGGGAGUUCUGCCGGGCUCCAAAGAAGUCCUGUCUCAAGCACUACCAGUGGGAGAAGCUGCGUCGAGCUGAAAUUGACAUGGAGAGAGUCCGCCAGUGGCUCAGGCUGGACGAGUUGGUCGAGCAAGAAAGAAAUAUAAGACUGGCUAUGGCUUCUAGAGCCGGUGUACUCGGAUUGAUGUUACAUUCAACAUAUAACCACGAAGUGAUGGAGCGAAUCACAAAAGCCAACGAGAACGGAAAGCUGAAAGAGGGCUCAUGACAAAAGACCAAAAAAUCCAAAGCUUCGACAACAUGUGCUAUGCGUAAUAAUAAAAAUAAAGAAUAAAGUAUCGUAAUUAUAAUUGA